UCUCGCUGCUGGUGCCACUACUACCGGUCUCGGAUUUGCAAGUUUCAAAGGACAGAGAAAGUGGUAAGUGUAUAUGUAGCAGUAGCAAGUAGGGACUAGUGCGAGAAGAAAAUCUUGGGAUUUAGAGAGAGCGAGCGACUAGAGAGAGAAAGCUUUCAACUUCAGUUGCCCAGAACCCCAUAAAACACACAGCAGGAGCAGUGAAGCAAUUGAUGGUUCUUCUGCCGCUCCUGCUCCUGCUGCUCCUUGCACUCCCUUAACCCAGGCGGUGCUUUGGCCUUUCUGCUCAGUUGACUGCUUUCAACCCUAACCUCAACAACAAGAAGAUGAAGACCAACAUGGUUCUCGUCUUUCUUUUGGGAAGAAUAUGAGAAACAGAAACUUCAUUUAGGACUCAGAAAUAUAGCUGACAGAGAGAGACAGAUCUCGCGGAACCAAAAAAAUUUAGUUUUUUUUUUUUUGCUUUCUUCUUUAAAAAGAGGUUUUCCCCCCGAAUUUCAUCCGCCAUGGAUGGGUAUGAAGCAACGAGAAUAGUAUUCUCGAGGAUCCAGAACUUGGACCCUGAGAAUGCUUCCAAAAUUAUGGGUCUGCUUCUGAUUCAAGAUCAUGGCGAGAAAGAGAUGAUUCGCUUAGCGUUUGGUCCUGAAGCUUUGGUUCACUCUGUGGUAGUCAAAGCACGAAGCGACUUGGGAUUGCUUCCAUCGAACUCUCCGUCUACUCCUUCAACUCCUUCUUCGCCAUCUCCUUUUCUUUCUGCAACUUCGAACCCAGUCCCUAUUUCCAGACAGAAUUCUACUUCCUCCAAGCUCUUGAACUGCACUAGUGCAACUACUACUGCUCCGACUCUCUCUGAACUUCAGUCUCCGAGUGAUUUGAUUUCUUCGUCUUCCUCUUUGCCCUUCUAUGGAAACGGAGGAUCCGACCCGAUUGACGAGUUUCAGCUCCAAGACCAGCUUUCUUUCCUCAAUGAUGGGUCUUCUCCGGCCCUGGGACCCAAGAGCUCGGAUUUGUUUUUCCCUUCUCAGUCAGAUUUGUCUUCUAGUCCCACCGGGGCUGCCUUGGGCGCCGGGGGUUUUGGUUGGAGUGGGUCGCCGGCGCAGCACCGCCGGAGCUGCUCCGUGAACGAUGCUUGUUUGGGUUCGGAGGAUUUGAAUUCUGGUUUGGGGUGGAAGCCUUGUCUUUACUUCGCUCGAGGGUACUGCAAGAAUGGGAAUACUUGCAGGUUUCUUCAUGGUGGGCUUGGAGAUGCUGAUGGUGCUGCAAUGGUGGUGGGGUCUCCGAGCAAGAUGGAGAUGGUGGACCAGUGUCAUGAGCUUCUCAGAUCUAAGAGUGUUCAGCAGCAGAGAUUGGCCGCUGCUUCACAGCUCAUGGCUUCUUCUUUCCCAUAUUCCCCUAAGUGUAUGAAUCUUCUGCUACAACAGCAACAAAAUGAUAGCCAAAGAGCUGCUGCUGCACUCAUGAUGAACGAGGAUUUGCACAAGUUUGGACGAUCCAGGUUAGAUAGAAGUGAGUUCUCUCUCAAUGGAGGUCCUGGAAUGGUGAACCCAGCUUCAAGGCAGAUUUACUUGACCUUCCCAGCUGAUAGCACUUUCAGAGAGGAAGAUGUUUCAAAUUACUUCAGCAUUUAUGGGCCUGUUCAAGACGUGAGGAUCCCAUACCAGCAGAAGCGUAUGUUUGGGUUUGUGACCUUCGUUUUUCCUGAGACUGUGAAGCUCAUUCUGUCCAAAGGAAACCCUCAUUUCGUUUGUGAUGCUCGAGUUCUCGUCAAGCCUUAUAAGGAAAAAGGCAAGGUUCCAGACAAGUACAGGAAGCAGCAGCAGCAGCAACAGGUGGAUAGGGGAGAUUUCUCACCUUGUGGUACUCCUACUGGACUUGAUGCUAGAGACCCAUUUGAUCUCCAACUUGGAGGGAGAAUGUACUAUAGUACUCAAGACAUGCUGUGGAGGAGGAAACUGGAGGAGCAAGCUCUUGAGCUUCAAAGCAGGAGAUUGAUGGGUCUGCAACUUCUUGACAUCAAGAAGCAACACCACCGAGCUCUUUCCGCUGGAAGUCCUGUACCUUCCCCAACUCACUCCCCUAAUAUAUUCUCUCAGAAUCUUGUUCUUCCUCCAUUUCACAGUAGCACUGAGGCCCCAGAAGAGAGUGUUUCUAGCUCAGCUCCUGCUAGCACCGUAUCAAUUCCUGUUGAUCAGCCACCAUUGCAGCAAGCAAUCAAUGUUUCUGCGGUUAAAGAGGUGGCAGUGAAUGGAGAAAAUGGAAAUAAUACUGAAGGCAAUGGCAAGCAGAGUUCUUCUAGUCAUGAAGACCGUGAAUUGCAAGAAUGUUUGGACCAUAAUCUCCCUGAUAGUCCUUUUGCUUCUCCCACAAAAGCUGCUGGAGACUACAUGGCUGCCUUCUCCUGUGGACCUAACGAGGCCAUUGGUUCAGAUGCUUCAGUUUCAUCUGCUAACUCUAAAUUUGGAAAUAGUUCAUUGCUUCCAGCAGCAUCUGCUCUGGACAUGGGAUCUUUCAAAACCUUCAAUUGCCAAUUGCCCAGGUUCUCUUCCGGCCAUGGAACCAUCGGAAUGUUUGCUGCUGGCACCGGUGGUGGCAUUUAGCAUCCCAAAGCUCAGGAAGAGAAGCAAGCAAGCUUUACCAACCAAACAAACCCUCCGCAUCACACAAAUCUGUAGAGAAAAAUCAUCACCAUCAUCAUCAAUACCACCAUGGCCAUCACCAUCAUCAUCAAUACUAUACUACUUACUACCAUACAAAAUGCAUACGUAAAAAGCAGUUCAGUACAGGAAGUGGGGUCCCGCCAUUCCCCCCCUUCCCUUUGUGGUUAUUGUACCAUUUUAAUUUAAUCUUUUCUUCUCUCAUUUUCUGUAGUAGCUGAAGAACCACAGGUAAAAAAUAACACAGGAAAGAAUCAGAGUGUAGUAGGGAAAACAACUUCUGGCACUGUAAUUUCGUCCCCUUUUACUUACCCAUUGUGAGUGGACUUAGUGUAGUUAUGUUAGUCUUAAUGUUGUUAGUUAAAAUCUAAGAGUCCUUGUACAGCUGAAGCACAAGCCAGAGAAAGGAAGAAGAGAGGGAAAAAGUUGUAAAAAGCAGAAACACGCUACAAGGCUGAUUCAACAAAUCCCAUGACGGGUAAUCACUAAUUUGAGUUGAAGAAAGUGAAUGAGGAGUAGGAGGGGAAGGUAUAAUUGCUAAAGCUUGGCUUAAAGCUCAAAAGUGGAGAUUUCUUCUUCCAUCUAAUAUUUCAUCUCUUGUUGAAGUUUGUUUGUACUUCUAUUAGUUGUUAUACACAAAUUGUCAACCUCAACCCCCUCUACUUAGACAGAAAAGGGAAAGAUUUAGAAAGAAGAAGAAACAAAUCAGAAAGCAAAAGUGAGUUUUUUUUUUUUUAAGACUUAAUUGCACUCUCUUCUUCUUACUGUUUGGCUCUGCCUUUGGUCCUUUGCCUCCUCCUCUUCCCUCCUCUUUUGAUUCUAAUGACAGGUUUUGUCUCUGUUUUUUCCUUCCCCUUCAA